CGUGUCUCGCUGGGUGAUUAAAAAAUGUGCAACAAUAUGAGUGUGGUGGUGGGAGUUUGGCAGUACCAGUCACCGUUCAUUCUCAUCCCCCGUAACAAAUUUCGCAUCACUACCGCGAAGCUAAUUCAGCCAUCGCCGCCCAUGAAUCCGCCAAAACGAGUGGUUGUCUGCGGCGGCGGAGUCAUCGGUGUAUGCACCGCUUACUUCCUAGCCAAGAAGGGCGCCGCCGUCACCCUCAUCGAGAAAUCCGAAGUUGCAUGCGCCGCUUCAGGAAAAGCCGGCAGUUUCCUCGCCCUCGACUGGUGCGACGGAGGGCCACUUGAGCAACUGGCUCGCGCAAGCUUCAAUCUCCACCGCUCCCUCUCCGACGAGCUAGAUGGUUCACAAUCCUACGGUUAUAGACCCCUCAACACUCUCAGCCUCACCGUAACUGAAUCCCAGGCCCCCGCCGCCACCUCCGGCGGUGCUUCCUUGCCGUCAUGGAUUGACGGGCCGGCACGCGGGUCAAAAACGAAUGGCACCGUGGAAACGACGGCGCAGGUGCACCCGCGGCUUUUCACUCGCACGCUGAUUGAGAGAGCGGUGGAGAGGCACGGGGUGGAGGUGGUGAUUGGGAAAUUGGAGCGGGUGGUGGUGGAUGAGGGAAGAGUUGGAUCGGUGGUUCUGGAAGGAGGGCGAGUUGUGGAGGCUGAUGCUGUGGUGUUGGCUUUGGGCCCUUGGUCCAGCAAGCUGGGCUUGCUGUCUUCGCUUUUUAGAGUUUAUGGGCUUAAGGCCCAUAGUAUUGUUUUGGAGCCCAGAGAGCCCAAUGCUAUCACCCCUCAUGCACUCUUUCUGAGCUAUCAUCCUUCCAUACGAGGAAAAACUCUUGACCCAGAAAUUUACCCUCGCCCCACAGGGGAGGUGUAUGUGUGUGGGAUGUCAUCAGAGGAAGAGGUACCAGAUGAUCCAGAUGAGAUUAGGGGUAAGCCUGAAUCAAUUGAGAUGCUGAAGAGAGUGGCUAAGACGGUGUCUAGCCAUCUGGGUGAGGAAACAGUGAAGGCAGAGCAAGCAUGCUUCUUGCCUUGCACUGAUGAUGGGGUUCCUGUCAUAGGAGAAGUUCCUGGGAUCAAGGGGUGUUAUGUAGCCACAGGACACAAUUGCUGGGGUAUUCUCAAUGGUCCUGCAACUGGAGGUGCCAUGGCUGAGCUCAUCAUCGAUGGUAAUUCUAGCAUUGUUGAUCUUAAGAGGUUUAGUCCUGCUAGAUUUGUUGCGCCUACCAAGACUUAGACAGUGUUCCACUAUGCCAUGUAAAAAAAUAAAUAUAUAUAUAGAUAGAGGAAGAAUGAUUGGUACUUAGAGCCACCUACCGUGAAUUAUGCUUAAUGACUUCUUCUCAUGCUGUUUUUAAUUAUGGGAUCAGUAUAGAAGGUAUAGUGAGUUAGUGACUACUUCAUCAUUCAUGCUGUGGGGUCCGACUCAAACUCUCCUUUUCCUUACUUGGCUUUGCUGAGACCUACA